UAUUGAAAAGUAUUGAGACUUUGAAUGAAAACAACAUUUAAUGCAAACAUGUGUUCAAUCAGUAAAUUGUCUCAUCUAUUGACCAACAAAUCAGUCCAUCACUUGAAUCAUGUCUUCAGACGUACGGCCACUCCUGCGCUCAAUGUCUUGAGCACUCGCUUCAGUCACUCGAAGUCAUCGGACGACAGCACCGCCGAUGACAUGAACGCUAAAGACAUCGAAAGGAUAUUUUUGAGGCCAAGAGUGCAGACAUUACUGAAGCGAUUGAUUGGAUUCAAUGAUCAGAAGGUGUUUGAAGCGAAGCCGUCGUUGAUAUCAAAGACAAAUGAAGUCCGGUUUAUGACAGACAGUGAACUCAAUCUGAUGUUAGAAAUGGCGCGAAAUAGGGCCGCCGAGAAGAUAGCGAUGCCUCCCGUGUUGUCCCCCAAAGACGAUACUCCAAGAGUUUUGGCCACAGAUUACGAACUCCAGGGAUAUAUCGACAGUAAAUUCCUUUUAGUGGACUCGAGUGCCGGCUAUUCUGAUCAGACGCGACUGAUUGUGGUUCGCGAACCCAAUGGUGUCUUAAGGGAAGCGAAUCGCGAAGAGAGGUAUCGAAUGAAUCAAAUGUUUUUCCCUAAAGAGGAGCGACUUCUCGAAGAACCGAAAAUGUUUUGCGAACCAAACCUAACGAAUGUGUUGGAUCGACACGAAUACGAGUUUGUCUUAAACCGGGCGUGUCUUCAGUACGAACCAAAUGAUCCCAAAUAUAUAGACAUCUGUCACAAGAUAUACGAACACAUUGUGGCCAACAAUCAGUUCCAGUCUUUGCGGUCGACCCGACAUUUCGGUCCCUUUUGUUAUUAUUUGGCAUUUGAUUCACGAAUCGAUAAAUUAUUAAAUGAUUACAUUUUGAGAGAAGAAGUGAGCGAUGGCUCGGCUUUAGUGCAACUCUAUUAUGAUAUCCAUUCAUCUGAUGCACAGCUCUUGGAUGAGAUCCACGCGGAGGUUGUGUCUGAUGUUCAACUCAUUAAGAAAUAUAUAUCCGAAGAAUCAAAAGAGAAGUCAAUUCUUGAGCUCUCGAUCCAGAAGUACGAAGAAAUACAGAGAGAAAAGGCAGCGAUGGCUGAAGACAUCAGUAGAGCGCACGGAUUGAACGCAUAA